AUGGUGAGGCUAUCCACCAGAAAGGACAUCAUACUGUCCCCAGACUGUGUACGCAAGCUCUUUCCAGGAAGCAAAGAUUCCGAUUUUUAUACGGUGUUUGCGUCGCUGUGUGACCUCGUCAAUGCCUCCAAGAGCUGGGUGAUUGUGAUCUGCGCGGCGACUAUUUACCAGCCAGUGGAUGAAUUUCUGGCCGCCUCGCCACAAUGGAGAGAGAUGCUGCAGACGACAUCAUUGAAGCGCCCGAAGAUCAACGGUAGAGACGUAUUUGAUACAUUCGCCUAUGGGAAUGGAGCUUUGACGCAGCUAUUGGUGGAUGACAUGGGCGGACAUGGCAGAGCAUUGGAAGAAUUGUUCAACGUGAUGCUGCAAAACCAGGGGCAAGCUUUUGAAUUCAUUCCGGUGAUGCACAAUGUGCUGGCUGCCAUUCGACAAGCGUACCCUGCGAUUGUUGCCCAGAUGCAGAGUAUGAAGCAAGCAUUUCUUGCGGUGAUUUGUCGUCGGAGUGUUGAUGGAAAUUCGCGCUUUGGAAGUCUAACGCUUGAUCAAGUUAUCUCGCGCGGGUUGAUUCGACUAGAUGGAACCCACCUCCAAUGCCCGUUCGUUCUCUAUAUGCUGCUGGAAACGCAUGAUAUUCCGUGGAACAAACAAGCUACUUACGCACCGGCAGAACGAUUGGAAGACUUGAAACCUUGGCAACUUUGGGAGCAGUUCAACUGCAAGUUCCGAGCGUUGAAAUCGGAAGCUUUCUCUCAGAAGGAAUCUGUAUUAUGGACGGAUAUACAUUAUGGAGCACGGUUUGGCGAUGGAUGCAAGCGACACGUUAUUGAGCGGCAAUUGACGUAUGCGCUUGCUGACAAGCGGAUGCCAACGAAGACCAAAGGAUUCAAGAAAGGAAGGUGCUCUUGCGGUAAUGAUCGUGGGAAGUGCUUUCUGUAUCAGCCUGCAGACGGGUCUCCGUCUGGAGAUGCAUUUCUGUGUCUGGAAGAUGCGACGAAGGGCUUCUUUCACGAGGUUCAUCAGUGUAAAUGCGUCGAAGGAAAGUUAUCACUGGACGUUUUCGAGUAA